GAAAAAACAAAUUCCUGCUGAUGGUUGUUUAAUUUCAAUGCUUUUAGAUACACCCUAAUCAUUGUAACUUUUCUACUCAUUUCCAACUCAACAAUGGCUUGGAAGUCGAGCGGUAGCACACAUGCAGAACUUAUAAACAAUCUAUUCAGAAAUCGAGUAAUAUCAUCUGAAAUUGUUAGGAAUACAAUGCUUUCCGUGGAUCGUGGAUAUUUUGCUAAGUCGAAUUCUUACGAAGACCGACCAUCGUCUAUUGGCUAUGCCGCGACUAUCAGCGCUCCUCAUAUGCAUGCUUAUGCUCUGGAAGCAUUAAAAGAUCAUCUUAAACCUGGUGCACAUGUUUUAGAUGUUGGAUCAGGUAGUGGAUAUUUAACGGCGUGUAUGGCUCUUAUGGUAGGCCCUACAGGUGUUGCUGUAGGCAUAGAACAUAUUGAUGAGUUGACUAAAUUUUCUCUGUCAAAUGUUGAAAAUUGGUUUAAUCAUAGCCAAAGUGCUCGACUAUCUGGAAUUGAAUUAGGAAAACAGCUUAAACUUGUUACUGGUGAUGGUCGUGAAGGAUGGCCGUCAGAUGCACCUUAUGAUGCAAUUCACGUAGGCGCAGCAGCUUCAGUUAUUCCUAAUGCACUAAAAGAACAAUUGAAAAUCGGUGGUCGUUUAAUUUGUCCUGAAGGACCAGAAGGUGGAAAUCAAGCAUUAGUUCAAAUUGAUCGUUUGGAAGAUGGUUCCUUUCAAAGAAAAUCUUUAAUGGGUGUGAUUUAUGUUCCGUUAACCGAUAAAGAUCGACAAGUUGGGCCAAGAUGGAACUAAAUAACUCACCGAACGUCUUGUCAAUUAUACAAUGAUCGCUAACUGAUUUUACGAAGCACGUUAUAAUAUAUAACAUAACUUGGAUCGUCAUGUUGAUGGACACUUCACUAUUUAUGUAGUCAUAUAUCUCAAUAUGUUGUUUACGAAGUACACCAAUGGCGUUAUUGAAGCGACAUGAUAUGAAGUCGAGCUAGAUAAACUGUUUGUCACGCACAGAAGAGCAAAUUCACUCACCAAACUGCUUAUACACCAUUAAGUUAUUUACAAAGUUCGCAUUUCGGUAAGAUGCUUACUCUUGCAAAUGGGGUAUUCAAACUACAAUUAUGAUGCUUAACGGAUAUCCUAUUUGUUGAAGCCAUUGUGCUACCGUUACCACAAAUCCCUUUCCUAGACAUUAAGGAUUCUCUAAUUCAUCAAAAUAAUAUUGAUCUAGACAUUGUGUCAAUUCUCCCAAAAACAACUCCAAUUUCUUAACUAACCAUUAAAAGUCAAAACUGGUUCACAAAACAAUCUUUAUACACCAUAUAUUGACGUUGUAGUUCUUUGGGAUGUUUCUACUAAAGUAAAAAUUUUAACCUUACAAACCAACUAAUCAGUUCCCACAACAGCAUU